UUUUUAGAAAGACCAGGCGCAUUCAAAAAAUACUAUAGAACAAACUAUUUCGGUAUUUUUCCACAGCUGUCACCACACUUUUGAACGCCUCGGAAAAUGUUUACGUUUCAAUGCAAAAGAAAACGCUGUCCAUACAAAAGUUUCAAUUUCUCUCCUUUUCCCAUAUGCGAAAACGGAGAAAGCUAUCAGGGAACGUUCUCAGGAUUUUCAGUAGAGAUACAGGAUCCGGUUCAAGCUCAAUCACUGUAUGACAAUGGUUGCUUUGGUAAGGGAAGCAAGUCGCGGGGAGGACCGGCAUCUGGAGAUGCGGAUGAAACGCUGCUCCUCGGACUGGAGGAGUCCUGUUUUCUGGCCUUCUAUUUGGAGGUUUUAAGCAUUGAAGACCUCUCCGGCAGCGUGAUGGACUUUCAAGCAUUUUUGACUGCAGCAAAGCAGCUAAAUGAAAGAUUUGUGGAGAACUUGGCCUGCUAUUUGUAUUUAAAGUCCAAGAACUGGGUGAUCAAGAGUGGCAUCAAGUUUGGCGGAGAUUUUCUGAUCUACAAGCAGAGCCCACGCUUAUACCAUGCAAGCUUUCUGGUGACUGUUCAAACACCCUGCGAUGUGGAUUACUAUCAAUCAAAGAAUCUAAAGGGAGUCCAACGUGUGGCAGAAACUUCCGACAAGGAUGUGCUUCUCCUUAGAGUAGCGCAAGCCGGCGAUGUAUCCAGACCCGAGCACCUUCAGGAAAUCACAGUCACAGAAACAAUUGUGCGUCGAUUCAAUUACUCAACUUUUGUACAAAGCAAACAACAACAAUAAGGAACUAA